GCUUCUUAGUGCACAAGUUUGAUUCGUACAACCGGAUUGCUAUAGCUUCAGCGGUUUCUAGUAUCCGUCUGCGCACAUACUUCGAUCGAUUAUUCGGAGCCUUGUAGAAAAUUUGGAGUGCUACGGCUGACGUAUUGUCGUCGCCUCUGUCGACAAGGUGGGCAGCUAUGGCUGAAAUAUAAAGCACGUAGCUCCGUUCGAGCACACUGUACCGUCCUAGUGUCUACAGUCAUUGUUGUUGGGGAUGGUUAAGCAAUCCUACGAAAAAUUUAGUAGCAAGCCGAUGGAGAGCUUCGAGCGUUUCAAAAUCCCACUGCAGCCAAAAACCCUAAGCCUGAUUUGCGUAUUCGACGUGGUGAUUGACGCAUGCAUUGAGCAUCAGAGAGAAGUUGGCUGUAUCGAAAAUCCCGAAAGCCCUUUGCAAGAAACUAACAUGCUAGUUACCUCAUUUCAAAGCGAAUUCUGCCUGCAUGGGAAAAGCGAAAUAAUCCAAUACCUGCACACGGAGGUCAAGUUCCUGAGAACUUGUCUCCAGAUUUGCCCUUCAAUUUGUAAAUGUAGGCAUGUCGAUAAUGGAUGUGGACAACGCGGCACUUGUCCAUAUUGAAAGACAGUGCAUUCCUAACUGACAAUUUUCAUGCCUCAUGCUUGUAACGUCGUACUAGAAUAGUAAAUUUACUGAAUU